GUCACUCAUCGAUUGACCAUGAUCCUGUUGGUGUUGCUGCUCACUGCCACUCAGGCAGGCCACGCUCAGAGGGUUCUGGGUGAGGAGAAAGACGGCUCGUGUGUGUGUGAGGUGAACAGUGCCAUCUGGGCUUUUCCUACCGCUAAAUAUGAGACAGUCUCAGAACUGCUAGAGGGCUGUAACGCAACACUGCAACAACUCCAAACACAGGUGAUGAUGACCAAUAAAGAGCUGCCUAAGAUGCAGGCCACAGUGGAGAACAUCAUGGCACGUAAACAGCGUUUCAAGUACCUGGACACACAAGGCCUGUACAACCCUCUGCACCUGCGCCAGGUCAGCGAUGAGCUCCAGGACCUUCAUCAGAUCAUCAGCCAGGCAGACAAGGACAGGCCCACUGCCGAAACUCAGAAACUACGUAAAGAGUUGCAGAAGAUUCAGAAGGAUGUGGAGGAGAUGUACAACAACAACACCUUCAACUUAGAGGCAGUGAAGGAGAAGCUGCGCUACCUCAAUAACCGUGUGCAGACCUGCAGGACCAUUCCUGCAGACUUCACGAGUAAAGGUUCCUGCUCUCACCGCAUCAUGAGCAACAUCAGCUCCCCGUUGAUCACCAAGCUGAGUCCGUUUGGAAAGUCCUACAUCUCGGGUGCCUGGGGCCGUGACACUAGUGCUGGCAGUGAGGAAAAGUAUUGGGUCCAGCCUUUGGUCAACAGUCAGAGGUCUGGCUACCAAAUCCGCUACUACCCAUCUUUCGAGGACUUCAUGGCCGGCAGGAAUCACCGUGAUGAGUAUGUUGCAUCCUCCUACACUCACACUGAUGCGAUUCAGGGCCCAGGUACCAUAAUGUACGAUGGUGUUGUGUACUAUCAGUGCUACACCACGGCCGAGCUCUGCAGCUACAACCUGAAGGCCAAAAAGAAUAAUCGCUUGAAACUGCCUGAAGCCGGGGCCAACAACAAGUUCCCAUACUGCUACUACAACUGCUAUGACUGGACCGACAUCGACCUAGCGGCUGACAGCGAGGGCCUGUGGGUGAUGUACGCAACGGAUGGCAACUAUGGUAACAUGGUUCUGAGCCGAGUGAACAGGGAAGGCUUCAACGUGACGCAGACCUGGAAGACCAGGCUGUUCAAACGCUCGGUCACCAACGCCUUCAUGGUGUGUGGGGUUCUGUACGCCACGCGCUACGUUGAUCAAUACAAAGAGGAGGUGUUCUAUGCCUUCGACACGGCCACGGGGCUGGAGGACAACACGCUGUCCCUGCCGCUGGAGAAGGUUUCAGCUGGCAUCGCCAACCUCCACUACAACCCCACCGACAUGAAGCUCUACAUGUACAAUGACGGCUACCUGCUGUCUUUCCAAGUUUUCUUCUGAGGAGAGAAGAUGACAUGUAAUGAUGCGGGAUAUCACAGUUCAGACAAACUUCACUGUUAAAAAUGUAAAGUACUAUGCAAAAGUCAGAGACCCUUCAUUUAUUUAAUUAAAUAAUAAUUAAAUAAUUUAAUUAUAAUUAAAAAUAGCCAAAGAGUUAAUUAUACAUAUGGAGGAAAUUAGACGAGAAGGCCCACUUCAGUAAAUAAGAGGAAAGUCAAAGAAAAAUAAUUUCUUAAAUUCAAAAAACUAUUAAAAGCUAUAAAGAAACAACUGCUAGACACCAAA